CAAAAAAGAGUGAUGUUUACCAAAUGUAAUGUUUAUCAUUUUUAUUUUUAGUAUGUUAUCAUCAUUACCGUCAGCACUUUUGGUAUUUUUCAUUUAAAAAGAUCCAAAAGUGUUCAAAAGAGUGUAGGUUUGAUUACACCUUGUAAAGCACAUCUAAGUAGCUUUAGAUAAAAGCAUCUGCAACAUGCUUAAAUGUAAAUAUAUCCAUGGCACUUAUGGGUUAGGAUUAGUCACCUCACCAGCUGAACACGUACAGCAUGGCGAUAAGUGCCUUUUUAAGCAGGUCUACAGACAUUUUUUGCCUUUUGGGUCACUGAUUUCAUUCUGCAUAAUGGGUUUAUACCAGGUCAAACUAAUUAUACAGAACUAAAAGCACAGCACUAUAAUUGGUGCUUUACAAAAUUAGCCAAAAUGUUAAAAGCAACAAACAAUGUGCAGGGGAUGUGCAGUCUUUGUGAAUGAUGAUGAUGCACACACGUAGGCAGUAGGUGUUGUGGCAGUGACUCAGGUGAGACAGGUCACCGUUUAGAAGAAGUAAUUCAGAGCAGACCGUGGGAUAAAACAGCCGUGUGCUCCUUUAAUUAUAGAGAGAGAUCGUGGCUGCGUAAGAGAUGGAGGGCGAGCUCUCUCUUUGCUGUAAUGCUGUUUAAAAUUCACUCCCCCUCCCCAUGAUGCUCUGUCUCUCUCUCUCUUUCUGCCUCUAUGUGCUGUCUGCUAGAUGUGUUUUAUCGCACAGUGUGGAUGUGGAGCUCUUGCAGUGGGAGAAUUGAACAAUGCUAGACAGAAGAAGCUACAGGUCAGACAUUUCGAGCGCUCCAGGGGGUUUACAUCUAGUGUUGGCAACGCAACGUGACCCACUUAACAUCUCCUAAGAUUCCUUAAUAUUGCUGCAUGUCAUCCAAUAGCAUCCAUCAUCACCAACCAGUUUACAAAUGAGAAGCAAAGGCCUUUAAACGUUAAAGCACUACCACACGAAACCAACAUGACUAUCUCCAUUCAAAACGUUACUGCCACCUCUGCCAUCAUCAGCUGGCUGCCUUCUCCAGGUUGCGUAGACACGUUCUACAGCGUCAUGUAUCACCCAAACUGGAACAGUCUUCUGAUGGGUUACACUCGCAAGAGCUUCCUGCGUGAGGACAGGGUUCCCGUCAGCCAGACGUCCGCCAGCCUCAUCAACCUCAGUCCACAGACCACUUACAUCCUCUGUGUCACGUGCCAGUCUGCCAACCCUACUAGAGAGCAGUGCCAGGUCUUCAGUACCCUAGACGAGGGCACGGAGCAAAAUGAAGGUGGCAGGGAGUUGGCAAUGGGAGUUUGGCUGGCCAGCAGCAUCCUCCUCCUGAUCAUUGCUGUGGCUCUGCUUUGGGGAUGUGUUCACACCAUAUGUCCGGCCAAGAGAGAUUUUAAAAGAGGCAAGCAGUCGGGUGCCAACCCUCCUCAAUUGGCUUUGACCCCCAUGGGUGGAAUCAUGGGAAGCGAUGGACGGAAAAAUCUGUACUCUCCGAGCUACAGUGAGGAGGACUAUCGUAACGCGACGGUGAUUGAGAAUCCUUAUCGUGUCGAGCAGGGUAACGGGCCGAAUCGUGAAACUGGAACAUGGUAUAAUAUGCAGACAUGUGGUCCCAAGUCCUAAUAAUUGUGUAUGGUAAGAAUCAUUCAUGUACUGACCCCAAAGGGUUCAAACUAUUAGAACUUACACAAUGAGGACGAUUAUUGGAACGGAAACCAUUUUGAGGAAAUUAAACUCUGACAAACCAGACAAUUUUGGCUGAAGAGUGUUAAAAUGGUUUUAUGAAGUCAGAUGGAAAGAUGACUAGUGAAGAAAGUUAUCUACAAAAUGAGGCUUGCCCAAUUAUGGUGGCCUCCAUAUUGAGAUCACAUGACUGGCCACGUCUUGGAUUUCAAUAAAAGUCAGCAAAACACAAAAGCAUGAUAUUAAGUAGUGCAACACAUUUCAUAUUCAAUGCAAAUAUUAUUACAGAUUGUGUAUAGUACUGUUCCUGUGUAAAUUAAUAGUCUGUUUUGUGUUAAAUGAGUUGAAAAUGUAUGUAUCUUACAAAUAAAAAUGCAUAUGUGCCUGGGAAGGUAUCUUUAAGAGGCUUUUUGUGAAUUAAUGUUAAUGCAGGAAGUGUAAUUGAUAUCAGUGUGAUAUUUGUAAUGAAGCAGGAAACAGAAGCACCAUUGACUUUCAUAGUAAGAAAAAAUACUGCUACAUGAUGACGAUCACUGGGACGGAAAACAUUUUAAGGAAAUGAAACUCUGAUGGACCAGAAAGUUAAGGCUGAAGAGUGUAAAAAUGUUUUUUUUUUAAAGUCAGAUGGAAACAUGUCUAAUGAAGAAAAUGAUCUACAAAAUAAUGCUUGCCCAAUUAUGGUGGCCUCCAUGUUGAGAUCACAUGACUGACCAAGUCUUUGAUUUCAAGACGACAAAUGAAAGUCAGCAAACCACAAAAGCAUGAUAUUGAAUAGUGCAAAACACAGACACUACACCUUUU